AUUAAAAUAUACACCACAACAUCUUGUAUUAAAAAAUAUCUGUUUAAAUUUUCACUAUGGGUAAAGUAAUAAUAUUUGGAGUAACAUGUUUAGCCAUACUUUUUAUGGGAGUUACUACAGCUAGUAGCUUUCGUACUACAAUUACUAUAGCUGAAAACCCACGGGAACAAAUGUCUCAACGUUGCCAAAUGGAAAUGCAAAGGGCACAGAACUUACGUGCUUGUGAAGAGUAUUUAAGACAGAGUACAAAAUUUACUGAAGAGGGAAGAUAUAUGGAUCAACAAAGUGGAGACUGGCGCCAAUCAUUCCCAAGGUGCUGCGAGCAAAUGGAACAGAUACAAGACGAGCAAUGUCGGUGCGAGGGAAUAAAACAAGUGAUGCAGCAAGAGCAACAAAGAGGAGAAUUGCAGGGUAGAGAAAUGCGUGAAGCUAGUAAAACUGCACAGUACCUUCCUGGUUUAUGCCGUAUGAGUCCUCACCAAUGCCAUAAUAUUCCAACUCCAACUUUCUAUUAAGUAAUAAUUAAUUAUGAAAAAUAGCAAAGCUUUAGUUAGCUUGCCCUUUUAUUUUGUAAUAAAAAUAAAAUGAGUAGCAAGUACCUAAAUAAUGAAUAAUUAAUCACCACAUUAUGGUGCCUGUGUUGUGUUUACCAGGCAGCUUAAUUUGGUGUGUUUGUAAUGUUUUUUGUUUAA